UUCUUUCCUUUAACCUUUGUCAAAAAAAAGAAAAAAAAAAAUCUUGAUUUUUUUUUGCUAAAAAUAGCAAGAUACUUUACCUAUUACAUAUUUAAUUGCACAAUUUACCUUAUGUGAUGGUUUAUUGGUUAUUCAAGUACAAAUGAUUGUAGCAAUUGGGUCAAACCCAAAUCUUCAAAAUUGGAUAACAUGGGCCAAUAUCAUAAAUGGCAAUAGAAUCAAACCCAAAACAUUUCAUUUCCUCCCCAAUUUAUCUAAACACACAUUAUAUCAUUCCAGACUCUCGCGCCAAAUGCUACAAUUACACAAACUACCCCAAAAAUCGUCAUUAACAACAAACAUGAAGCCAAAUUCUGUGAAAAACAUCUUCCUUCGUCUUCUAAUCUUCUUCAUCUUCCUCUUCCUUUUACGCUUCAUCUUCAUCAUUUCCUUCAAUGGAGAUUUCUGCAAUCUUUCUUCUUCCACCAAUUUUUGUUUCUUCUCAAAUACUCCAUCUUCUUCCCAACAACAUUCUACCCAAAUCACCAUUCUUCCCAACUUCCGCGCUUCGAAUGAAUAUGAAUUUUACUGCAAAAUCUUUCAAGAUUUCAUCAUCCAUGGAUUUCUCUCUCCUAAUUCUUCCGCAUUUUGUCUUAAUUCAUCCCACAUUAUUGCUCUCAAAGACCUAGGCAUUGUUCAAUCUUUUAGUCUUUCCUCUGAAAUUGUAUCUUCUCAUCUCCCCUUUUCUGAUCAAUUUUUUGAUUUUAUGUUUUUUCAUAAAUUUGAUCUCCCCUCUUCGAUUCCCCUUCUGGGUUUUGUUUUAGAGAUUGAAAGAAAGCUUAAACCAUCUGGGAUUCUUGUAAUUCACACACAAAUCAAAGAUUUUUACGCCUUUCAUUCGAUUCUUAAGCUUUUCGAUUUCUGCAGUUUUGUUAAGGGUCGUGAUAUUCCUGGUCCUAACCCUUCGAUUCCUUCAAUUCGUGAGAUUAUUUUGAAGAAACCCAUUAUUCCAAUUCAUAAAAUUGAUCGAAAAGAUUCAAUUGAACAAUGCUCUGUUUCUGGGUAUAGUAUUCAAUUGAUCAAUAAUUCGGAGCCUUUGAUUCAGAAAGAGCCAUUGAAACCUUGGAUUACAUUGAAGAGGAACUUGAAGAAUGUAAAGUAUCUGACUUCGAUGGUUGAUAUAAGCUUCAAGCCUCGAUACGCUUACAUCGAUGUCGGGUCUCGAAGCUAUGGCUCCAGCAUUGGUAGCUGGUUUAACAAAAGAUACCCAAAACAGAACAAAACAUUUGAAGUUUUUGCAAUCGAAGCUGAUAAAUCGUUCCACGGAGAAUUACAAGCUAAAAAAGGCGUUACGCUUCUGCCGUAUGCAGCUUGGGUGAGGAAUGAGACAUUGUUCUUUGAAAUUAACAGAGAACCCACAAAGAAAAUGAUCGAGGCAAACAGAGGAAUGGGGAGGAUUCAACCGGUGCAAUCGUCAAUAAAUUUCGAGGGAAGUGUCGAUCAAAUAAGGGGAUUUGAUUUUGCAGAGUGGUUGAAAGGUGAAUUUGAGGAAAGAGAUUUUGUAGUGGUGAAAAUGGAUGUUGAAGGAACAGAGUUUCAAUUGAUUCCAAGGUUGAUUGAAACAGGGGCACUCUGUUUAAUUGAUGAGAUUUUCUUAGAAUGUCAUUAUAAUCGAUGGCAAAAAUGUUGUCCUGGUGUUAGAAGUCCUAAGUAUGAUAAAACAUAUGAUCAAUGUCUUAAUCUCUUGUCUUUUUUAAGAGAUAGAGGAGUACUUGUUCAUCAAUGGUGGUAGUUUGAUAAAAUUUUACUAUUUUAGGUCUUAGUUUUUGGUUAGAAUUAUGUUGUCAUUUUGUUUCUCACAAAUGUACAUGAAACUUUAUUACA